AUGAGCACUGUUGGUGGUCAAAAGCGGAAGCGCGAGCUGCGACACCCGUGCAUUCUGAUUGGCUGCAAUGCCGGAAGUAAUUCCGCCGCUUCUGAAGUUGUCAACACAACAUGGCUGAAACGCCGAAGCGACAGGACUACUGUCUCUAGACAGGGUCAAGGAGAAAACAGUCGGUAAAUUGUAAUCAAGCGAUUAAGCUUCAAAAAAGGGACAUGUCUAUCAUAUUUUAAGACGAGACUCGUUUAAUUUAAAGACCGAAUUAUGUUAAACAUUACAAGGGCACGUAUCGCCCUGAACGGGGUUGGACGGUGUUUAUUUGCCGAAAAGCACCGAAUUGCUGUAAAAAUAGUCAGCCGAGGGCGAGUGUGUGCAGCACAUGGCAACGAUAGUGGUAAAAAUGAGGUUUACGAUAUUAUAAUAUCAGGGGGAGGGAUUGUUGGAUCUGCAAUGGCAUGCUCCGUAGGUAUGGAUCCCAACUUGAUGGGUAAGAAGGUCCUUCUUCUUGAAGCAGGCAACAAGAAAGUGAUGGAUAAAGUUCCUGACAGCUACAGCACCAGAGUCAGCUCCAUAAGUCCAGGCUCUGCUACACUCCUCAAUGGUAUUGAUGCAUGGGAGCAUAUCACUAACAUGAGAUGCAAGCCCUACAAAAAGAUGCAGGUUUGGGACGCCUGCUCUGAUGCCCUGAUCACAUUUGAUAAGGACAAUCUGGAGGAGGAGAUGGCCUACAUCGUGGAGAACGACAUGGUUGUGGCAGCACUGACUAAACAGCUGGACGGUCUGUCUGAUAUCGUCCAAGUCAAAUACAGGUCCAAAGUGGUGAAGUACACGUGGCCUAUGCCGCACAAGGCAGUGAGCUCCAUUCCGUGGGUGCAGGUCACAUUAGCCAGCGGGGAAACUUUUCAGACCAAGCUGCUUAUUGGCGCUGACGGACCAAACUCUAUGGUGAGGCGAAAAUUAAGAAUACCGACGGUCAAGUGGAAUUACAACCAAUCAGCCGUGGUAGCUGUGCUGCAUCUAUCAGAGCCCACAGAGAACAAUGUGGCAUGGCAAAGGUUCCUUCCUACAGGACCUAUCGCAAUGUUACCGCUGUCAGACACAAAGAGUUCUCUGGUUUGGUCAACCAGUCAUCAUCUCGCUGAGGAGCUCCUGGAGCUGGAUGAGGAGUGUUUUGUUGACGCCAUUAACUCCGCCUUUUGGAGUAAUGAAAACCAAUCGGAGCUGGUCGAGACUGCAGGGUCACUGUUCCGCAGCGCCCUCUCUGCCAUCAUGCCGUCUGCAGGCUCACCUCGCCAACUACCCCCGAGCGUGGCCGGCAUUGGCCCCAAAUCCCGCGUCAUGUUCCCCCUCAGCAUGGGCCAUGCAUCGGAGUACGUUAGGCACAGAGUGGCACUCAUUGGGGACGCUGCCCAUCGUGUCCAUCCUCUGGCCGGUCAGGGAGCCAACCUGGGUUUGGGGGAUGUGGCUUGCCUCACACAGCUCCUGAGCCAGGCAGCCUUUAACGGGAAGGACCUGGGAGCAAUACAGCACCUGCUAGAGUAUGAAACAGAGCGCCAGCGGCACAACCUGCCCAUGAUGGCCGCCAUCGACCUCAUGAAACGACUUUAUUCCACCGACGCUGCACCUGUGGUUCUCCUCCGCACCCUCGGCCUGCAGGCGACAAACGUGCUUCCCUCACUAAAAGAACAGAUCACAGCGUUUGCAAGCAAGUGAGGCCAAGCACGUCAUCUCCAGUGUUGCUAAAAGGAAAUAAAAGUACAUUUAAUAUUAAUAAAGAUGUAUUUUUCCCCUUGGAAGUAGCGAAGAGUAUCUUUUGAAUGAAUGAUCGGCAUCCCUCCAAUGAAAAUCUGUGCAGCCGUGCAUCAAUACUGUUUUUACAGAUCACGGUGGCCUAACUCCUCACUCACACUGCAUGUUGGUAUUUCCUCAAAUCUGUCAGCAGUGUGUAAAUCUCGUGUCGAAUGCACCGCAACGUCUGUCAAGAGCUCAUCCUACGUAAAUAUGCAAACAUACCAUUUGAAUGUCCAUGUACAAUCCAUAGGCUGCUCUUUGUUCGCCGAGAACCACACUUUUCAUUAGGAACACCUCAAUCUUAAAAUGCAAGAAAUGCAGUAGGAGAUGUUUAUGUAUGUAUUGUUAAAUAGUGAUAUGGAUGUUUGUACAUGGAAUAUAUAGAGUAAAUAGUCAUAAAGUAGAUACUUACUUACAUGCAUUAGAUACAGUAGUACCUCAACUUACAAGCUUAAUUGGUUCUUAACUGCGCUUUUAACUCAAAACACCUGUAUCUCAAAUCAACGUCUCCCAUUGAUAUGACUUAAAAUCAAUUUAAUUGGUGCUUGCCCCACCCAACAAACAGUACAAUUUUAACAUGUAACAUGACUUUUAAAAAGUAAAACAAACUUUUUGAUAAUAUAUAUUGUGUAAAAACAAUAUAAUAGCAGCUCUUCAGUCAAACACCCGUUUGACUGAGUAUAUAUUUUUGGCGGUAUAGCUUGGUUGGUAGAGCAGCCGUGCCAGCAACUUGAGGGUUGCAGGUUCGAUCCCCGCUUCCGCCAUCCUAGUCACUGCCGUUGUGUCCUUGGGCAAGACACUUUACCCACCUGCUCCUAGUGCCACCCACACUGGUUUAAAUGUAACUUAUAUAUUGGGUUUCACAAUGUAAAGCGCUUUGAGUCACUUGAGAAAAAGCUCUAUAUAAAUGUAAUUCACUUCACUUCACGCCACAUUAGCAGCUUUUCCAUAUUUUCAUGGAUAAGUUUCUGCCGUUUGGAUAAUAUUUUUACAUUCUUAGCUAGUGUUAUACUCCUUCUGCUUCAAUAUAGUGCCAACUAGCAGUGAUGCGCUCGAAUUGCUUCGCCAAUUUUUUUUUAUUUUUUUUUUAACUCAAUGGAAAUCAUUCACCUGCUGCCUUCCCAGGUCGGGGAGGCUUGUAACUCAAGUGUUUGCUUGUAACUUAAAGCAUAACUAUCCAAAAGACAGCUCUUAUGUUUUUUUUCUUGUUUUGC